AUGGCCGAUACCCCGCCCGAGACCCCCACCAUCGUACCGGUUCCGACGUUGGCGGGGGUAUCUAGCAAAAUGGGCUUUCUGGGCGCUACAUCUUACGUCAUUGGCAACAUAAUUGGCUCCGGGAUAUUUAUAACGCCGGCUUCAAUCCUCAGAAGCACCGAGUCCGCCGGCCUUUCGCUGAUAAUAUGGUUUUGCUGUGCCAUCAUCGCCAUUAUGGGUAUGAUGUAAGGCUUAGUCAAUACUUACUUAUUUGUAGGUUCGUUGUGUUACAUCGAGUUGGGUACCAGUAUCAGGGAUCCCGGAUGCGACUUUGCCUACAUCUGCUACGUCAAGUGGUACCCAGUAGCGUUUGCCUUCAUGUGGGUUAGUGUUCUCAUGACAUAUCCGGCGACAAUUGCCAUUAUCUCCGAGACGUUUGGCCAAUAUCUGAUCGAAGGCUUGUCGCAAACUUACCAAAUCGAAACAGACAUGAAGCCACUGCUACAAAAACUGUUUGGUAUUUCGUUGCUUUGUAAGUGUUUUUUCGAAUUUCUUCUGUUUAUUAUGACUAUGUUGUAAACUAUUGUAGGGUAAUUUUCUCAAAAAGUUGUAGUUUACUUUGAGUGUAAUUAUUUAUUUGUUUACUUUUGUAGUGUACUGUACGUUUUAUUUAUCUUGCAGGGCUUGUGACAUGGAUGAACUUUUUUGAAUUGAGUAGAUUUGCUGCUAGAUUCCAGAUAGCUGCGACAGCUGCCAAACUGUUAUCAUGUGCAUUAAUUAUAGUUACAGGGUUUUACUAUUACUUUAUCAAAGGUAUGUUUACAACCUUCACGUUUUUUGUGGGUGUAAUUGUAAACAGUUACUCUUUGUUACUAAAAAAAUAGUGCCUGGAAACAUCAUUUUAGUGUUGCUGUGUUGUUUCAAGCUGUCUUUAGUUAUGUUCUCAUUAUGUUUCAGUACUCAAUUAAUGUUCUCAUUCUUCAGGAUACAACGAGGGUUUAGUGGAGCCCAUGAAACAUAGCAAUUACGAGAUGGGAAGCUUGUUAAUGAGUCUUUACGGAGGCCUCUAUACCUUUUCCGGAUGGGACAUAUUAAAUUUUGGAGCUGGAGAGAUACAUCGACCGCGCAGGUAUAGAAAACACUUAAGUUCUCAAUAAUGAAGAAUAAAAUAGUGUUUGAACGCUUAGAGACAAAUGGAAUUAGAUAUUAUUCUAAAUAAAAGCGUAUUUUUACAGAAACAUGCCUCUGGCACUGCUGUCAGGCAUUGGGACGGUGACUCUGAUAUACAUGUCAAUCAACGUCGCUUACUUUGCCGUCAUCGAUGUAGAGACUAUGAAGUCAUCGAAUGCUGUAGCUGCUGUAAGAUUAUUUUAAAUUUGAGCCUUUUCAAGAAUCAUGAUUAAAAUUGCAAGAUGAUACUAUUUUUGGUACUCAAUAAAUUUACAAUUUAAAUUUUGAUGAUUUCAGUUAUUCAGCCAGCGCACGUUGGGAGGCUUCUCGUCAGCCAUUCCGUUCCUAAUAGGAGUUUUGCUAAUCGGAUCCCUAAACUCGAAUUUGUUCUCAGGAAGUCGGUGGGUUUGUUUUUACCAUUCUCAGAGAAAUAAUUUGGAAAGAAUUUAAAUUAUAUCCUAUUACAUAACCUAAUUAACUUCCUUGUAGGUAUAUGUUUGCUGCCGCUAAGCAAGGGCAUCUCCCAGCUUGUUUUAGUAUUGUGAAUCCAUCUACGCAGAGUCCGAGGGCAGCUAUUGCAGCUCAGGUAAGAAUUACAAAGGGGCACAUACAGGGCCGGACGGGGACUUUUGGUCUGGGGGCAGGGGUCCAAAAAAAAUCCACAGGGGGGCCACGUUCAAAUUUUUUCGAAAAUUUUUUUUUGGGGGGGGGGUCCCCCCCCCGUCCCCCCCCCCCUCCUCGCGCCCGGCCCUGGGCACAUAUUAGGCCUUUAAACAACGUUACUAUAGUGUAAAAAACGUACAAUUUAUCUUUGAAAGCAGAGUUCACAAUCUACGUUUGAUACAUCAUUCUGUAUGUAUGACACUUUCAGUCAUUGCUGGCUAUUGCAAUAUCUUUCGUAGGAGACUUGGACGCCUUAAUUGGCUACGUCAUGUUCGGGUUCUGGGCCCAGCGUAUCUUCAGUUUGGUAGCCCUACUGCUAAUACGACAUAAAAACAUCCCGGUACAUCCAGAAGCCAUUAGGAUGCCAUACUGGAUGUAAGUUUAUACUCAUAUAUUUAGUUUAUAAUAGAAUGAAAACUAUAAGAAAUUAGACAUAUAUCCUACUUUUAAUAUCAGCAUCGUUUUGUUCCUGGGCAUUACCGUCGGACUGGUUGUCAUCCCGAUAUACCACGAGUUCAAAGUAACUUCACUUGGACUGGGCAUCUGUGUUCUGGGCCUGGGCUUUUAUUAUUUAUUGGUCUAUCCAGCCAGACUUCCCAAGAGUCUAGUAAGCCUCAACGGUAAGCCGCCCUUCCCAUCAUAAUCAUUCAUCUUCAGAUUGGGGAACUCUCUUUGGGGCCGUCAUCUUCAACGGACUUCCGGAUCAGAAGAGCGUGCCUCCGGUGAAUCUGAUCUCUUCGGAUUCGCAACAACUCCUGCUGCCUAGUCGGCGGGAGUCCUUCAGCAUAUCUGACGACUGUAUAACUGACUUACAUUCGGAUGAAAAAAAUACUUUAAUACGAAACGGGUCGAGCAAGGGAUUAAGCAGGAUGUGGUGA